AUGGGUGGCUCUCCAAAAUGGGUUUCUCUUGGGCUUCUUACCCUCUGCAUUGUGCUCCAUUUGAGUGCUAUUGCUCUUGGAGAUGACAAGCUUGGUAAGAGUAGGUUCAGGGAUGAUGACUGUUGGGGUAGGCGCUGUGGUGGCAGAUUUGGAGGACGUGGACCUCGUUUCGGUAGGGGAGGUGGUUUUGGUGGCGGGAGAGGUGGUGGAUUUGGUGGUGGUAGAGGUGGAGGACUUGGUGGUGGAUCGGGUGGAGGGUUUGGAGGAGGUGGGGGAGUAGGUGGCGGUGGAGGAGGUGGAAUUGGUGGAGGGGGUGGUCUUGGAGGCGGGGGAGGAGGUGGGUUGGGAGGUGGUUCGGGACAAGGUGGGGGAUUUGGAGCAGGGGGUGGUGUUGGAGGUGGUGCUGGUGGUGGAGGUGGACUUGGUGGAGGAGGCGGUGGGGGUAUUGGCGGUGGAUCUGGUCACGGUGGAGGUUUUGGAGCAGGAGGAGGUGUUGGUGGAGGCGCUGGAGGAGGUGGUGGAGGAGGAGGAGGAGGAGGAGGAGGAGGCGGAGGUGGCAUUGGUGGUGGGUCAGGUCAUGGUGGAGGCUUUGGAGCUGGAGGAGGUGUUGGUGGUGGGAUUGGUGGAGGUGCAGGAGGAGGAGGAGGCGGUGGCGGUGGAGGAGGUGGUGGCAUUGGUGGUGGAUCAGGCCAUGGUGGAGGCUUUGGAGCAGGCGGAGGUGUAGGUGGUGGUGGUCUCGGCGGAGGAGGAGGAGGAGGAGGAGGAGGUGGUGGUGGUCUGGGAGGAGGUUCUGGUCAUGGAGGUGGAUUUGGAGCCGGUGGAGGAAUCGGAGGAGUUGGAGGAGCCGGAGGAGGAGGUGGGUUAGGAGGAGGUUCUGGAGGUGGGAUUGGAGGCGGUUCCGGUGGUGGUCACGGAGGAGGGUUUGGAAUCGGAAUAGGUAUUGGAGUAGGAAUAGGUGGUGGAUCUGGUCAUGGCGUGGGUGUGGGGUCUGGGUCUGGUGGAGGAGGUGGUGGCGGUCAUUAA